AUGUCAAGCACUAUGAUGCAGUGCUUUACUAAGCACAUUUCUCUAUCCAAUUUUUCAAUCAAGAUUUCCUACAACGAGAAGGAUUUCAGUAAUGAGAUUUGGUUGUUCUCGUCGAAGUCCCUUGCCAUCGCCACGGUUUAUCCCAGCUACGGUCCCCUUCUUGGCGGGACAUGGAUCACCAUAAGCGGAGGUGGCUGGGCGAGUGACGAUAGGAUUUCUUGCGAGUUUGGUUCCCUUGUGUCGAGUGCUGAACAGGUUCGCUCUGCUUCCCAGGCGACUAUGGCUUGCCGCGUGCCAGGCUUUCUUUCAAACGAGGUAUCGCCUUCGGAGAAGCUUGUAGAGCUCCGAGUGACUGCUCAAGGAGCAGGAGGUAUACGAGUGGGGUAUGCGAAUUUCAUGUAUAGAGCCCCUGGUAGAAUCAUGUCAGUAGAGCCCACCACGGGGAGUUAUCAAGGAGGCGAGACGCUGACAAUCUAUGGGGAGUUUCUCCCUAUGGCGUCAACAGUGACUUGCAACUUCACAACCACAGGGGAGGAUAAUGCAACAGGAGUGCAGAGUACGUCGAGUCAGGGAGUUUGGCGGUCAUCGAGCAUGGUUUACUGCGUCAGUCCAGCAGCUCAAGUCAGUUGCACUGAUCUGAUCGUCGAGUUGAGCUUUGAUUUGCAAUUUCAAGUGAGCUCCGCUAUGCACUACUGUGUUUACUCUCGAUGGAUUGAACACGUAUUUGCCUCGCAUCUGAAUCAGAAUCCCCUGAUUUCAGUGACGAUCAUCGGGGUCGGAUUUAGGGAUGGUGACUCUGUAUUGAUCGGGAAUCAUCUAAUCCAAAGGAUUCCACAAAGAAGUUCCCGAUCUAUAGUUCUUGAUGAUUUGAGUAUUCCAACUCUGGAAUUUUUGAAACAUACAAAUUUGUGCAUUUCUGAUAAUACUUCGCUCUGCUUGUCGAAUUCACGCUCAUUUUCUUUGAAGGGUUUUACUCGUGCUUGGUCGGUCAGCCCCAACGAGAUUUGCUCGUUUGGUGGAACAGUCAUCUCCAUGCAAACAGAUUUUGCGAAUUCCAAGAAUCAGAUUGUCUGCAUCUUCGACAAUAUUCUUGUCGAUGCCAAACGAGUCAAUGCAACUUUGUUUGAGUGUAUCUCUCCGCCUAUUUCUCAGGGUAUUGACUUUGUCCUGUUUAGAAUUCUAGACUUGCAGUCACAUCUGGCUCAGACUCAAGUUACAAUGUCAGUUUAUUCAAAAGAUAACUACACAAUUGUUUUUGAAGAAGUUAGGAGAGAUGGCUUGAAUCUUCGCUUGAAAGUGAGCAAUUUGAUCUUGGGAAAAUCAACUUGUCAAUGCAUUUUUAAAGAUCAAGAAAGUGCUAUGCUUCUCAAACAAGAUUCGGCAAAGGUCACAUCUGAGUUACUCGAGUGCGAGAUACCAUGUAUCAAUGCAAAGGUACUCAAGUUCAACGUUCGUUGUGGCUGCAGUUUCUCUGACACUCACGUCCUUGCUCUGCCUAUUGUCCUGAAAUUGUUUGCUUCCAGCAGCGUGGCUUGGAACAAUACUGCCAUCAACAUCAUUGGAGAUAAUUUUCUGCCUCAAGACGUUCAGCUUCUGUAUGGAAAGAAGACUGUCCAAGGACUGUAUUUGUCGUCCACUCAUUUGCGCCUGCAAACUCGCAGUCGGGAUCGUGGAACCGUAUGGAUUUCUCUGAGCUUUUGCUCCCUCAUGGGCGGGUCACUCUCGUUUCACAGCGAACCUUCAGUCCUGCAUAUUCGACCUUCUGUUGGCCCAGUCAAUGGUGGAACAAAUGUCACCGUCGCAGUCUCUAAAACAGAUCUCCAAUUUUCCUGUGUUUUUGGGGAACGCAUAGUUGAGGCUCACUACAUCACUUCAUCUUCGGUGUAUUGUGUUUCCCCGUCGUUUGAGACUCCGAUUCGCGUGCCUGUGUCGUAUGGUAACCCUCAUAGCCUUGAUAAAUCUGCGACAACAUCUGCCUAUUUCAUUUUUCAAGUUGAUGACAGGAUAAUUGGUAUACAGCCUUCCGCGGGACCAUUCGAAAAUCCGACAAGUGUAUUGAUCAAUUUGAAAGGAAGUAGUAUCUGGGAAAAAGGAUCAAUUCAUUGCUUCUGCAAUGCAAAGCAGCAUUCUGUGGGUAAGCUCUUGUCAUCGUCACAAAUUUCAUGCACUUUCUUUGCAAUGGAUAUGCAAGAGCCGGCCCUAAUUUCUGUCACAAGUGAAUAUGUGAGGACGAUUGACCCUAUACUGUACUAUCAUGAAGAUAUACCUCGCAUCAUAUCAGUAACUUACAAAUUUGCUCUGAAUGGAAUGAAAAAUGUUUAUUUCAUUCAAGGAUAUGGAUUUACCAAAAGUUCCCUCUCGCCCACUUGCAAGAUUGGUUCUAGCUUGUUAUCAAGAGCACUGUGGAUUUCACAUCAAAAGAUGUUGUGCAUGAUGGAUAAUCAAGUAUUCAGCAAAUACAAACAAGGCAAUUACACAAUUCGUGUCAGCAACAACGGAAUACAUUACUCAAAUUCCUUCAAAAUACUCCAGGUGAUGGAAACCUUCAUUGCAAACAGCCUUCAGCCAACAUGGGGCAUAGCCGGGGGCGGGGCGACAGUGGUGACGGUAUGGGGAGCUUUGAUAGGGGAGGCAGGCAGGGGAGUGGUGUGCAAGUUCGGAGAGAAGGGAAGGCCUACGGAAGGGCAGGGGGUAGGCUCGUCAGGAGUAGUCUGCGAGGCGCCCGGACAGCAGGAGCAGCGGGCCAGCUUGUACUUGUCCACGGACGGGGGUCUGACUUUCGAAGACAGCGGACGAGUGUUUGAGUACAUCCAAGCGGGGACGAUCAUACGGCUAGAGCCUUGCGAGGGGCCGGUAUCAGGAGGCACACGCGUGAGGGUGAUCGGGUCAGGGAUGAUGGGGGGAGAAGGGCUUGGGUGCCGUUUCGGAGGCGUGGGAGGACGAGAGGGGAGGGCGCGUUGGGAGUCGAGCAGCGUUGUGAGCUGCAUCGCGCCAGAGCACACAGGGGAGGAGGCAGUGGAAGUGUCAAUAACGAGGGACGGGCAAGGGACGGCGACGACGGGAGGGGCCGGGUAUAGGUACAGUACGUGGCCGGAGGUGACGGGGGUGUAUCCGAGUCAAGGACCGACGCGAGGAGGGUUUGUGGUCAGGGUAGCGAUGGACGGGGUACAAGGGAAAGGAGGACGGUGGGAGGCGGCCUGGUGUCGGAUAAGAGAGGGGGAGGAGUGGCUAGGAACGACGGCGUCAGAGGGGUCGAGGAUCGAGUGCGUGAUGCCAGCACAUGGGAGAGGGAACGCAUCGCUGGAGGUCAGCCUCAACGGGCAGGACUGGUCCACGGGAGGGCGGGUCGAGUACAGAGAGCCGCGGUGCGAGGUGGUAAGGGUAGAGCCGUCGCUGGGGCCAGAGAGGGGCGGUACGGUAGUGGAGGUCAGGGUGAGAGGUUGGGCGACAGCAGGAGGGUCAGGGGGAGGGUCAGCGGUCUGCAUGUACGACGGGGAGGCAGGGGUGGAGGGGACGGUUGUCGGAGGGGGAGUAGUACGAUGCAAGACGCCCGGGGCAAGACGGGGAGGGGGAAGCGAGCCAGGGCGGGAGGUCGAGGUGAGCGUCGAGGCAGUAGGCACAGAGGGCCGGUGCAGCGGAGGAAGGUACAUGUACUACGGGGGGGUAGAGGUAACGGGGGUGAGGCCUUCGAUCGUUACAGCGGGGACGGGGACGGCGCUGACGGUAGUAGGAAGAGGCUUCUUGAUCGGGGCGGAGGGACGUUGCAAGUACUGGGACAUGAGGAGCGGGGGCGGGCUGAGCUGGGAGGAGGCGAUAGGAGUAGGGAUCACGUCAAGCAUGGUGCGGUGCGGGAGCAUAGAGACCGGGGGCCCAGGGAUGCAUGGAGCGAAGGAAGUGGACGUGAGCAUCAACGGAGUAGACUACACGGGGGCUGGGGCAGAGGUGCUGUACGAGGCUGCAGCGACGCUGACGGGCAUCAUCCCGAGCAGGGGGCCGGCAGACGGGGGCGGGAGCAUAACGCUGAUAGGGGCGGGGCUGAGCAAGUAUACGGUGGAAGGGGCGCGAUGCCGGGUAGGAGCUCAAGACGCAGGGUACGCGAGAUGGAUAACAUCGAGCCAGGCGGAGUGCAGCCAGGUACAGGGGGGCAGGGGGAAUGUAACGGUCGAGCUGAGGGGGAGGGAAGGGGAGGUAAUAGCACGCGGGAUCAGGUACGAGUAUUCACAGAGGUGGAGCGUGACGAGGGCUUCACCAAGCGUAGGCCCUGUUAAUGGAGGGCAGAGGGUAACACUGUACUUGGGUGGGGACGAAUCGCAAAUGCCGAACGAGAGCGGUGCAGUGUGUUUGUUCGGCUCCCAGAGGACAAGCCCUGCACAGAGAGUCAGUAUGUCGGAGGUGCAGUGCGAGAGUCCCGCUCGCCUCGGGGGCGGGGAAGGGCUGGUUUGCCUUUGGGUAACGGACAGAGGUACUGUGUCCUGGGAUAUCGAGAGCUGCAGGGUCGGAAGCGGGGGUGUACCAUAUCUGUACAUGGCUACAACCAGGAUCUCGGGCGUGGAGCCAUCCUUUGGGGCGCUACAUGGUGGGACAGUCGUUACUAUCUCGUUGGAUCCAGGUAUGGGCUUGAUGCAACCAAUCCAAGUGGUAUGCGAGUUUGGAGGCAAGCCAGGAGAAGGAUCGGUAUUGGAGACAAGCCUUGCGAGAGGGCCAGAGCAAGUGAAGGUCAGGUGCACGACACCCAAGGGAGAAACCGAAGGAGCGGUGCAGCUGAGAGUGUAUCUGGAGGGUCCUGAUGGGUCAACAGAGAGCGUGACAGACUUCUGGUAUGAGGAGGCAGCUCGGGUGACCGACAUAAAGCCCUGUCGAGCCCGACUCGUCAAUGCACAAGCGAUCACGAUAGUCGGGGCGUACUUCAAGAGAUCAGCCAGCCUUGCGUGCAAGCUUGGACUCAUGACUAAGACAGCAGCUAGGUGGGAAUCUAGCACCAUGGUAGUCUGUAUACUACCGGCAGGACAAUAUCCAGCAGUGUCAGGGUCAGGCGGAAACAUGACGGUAGCUAUCAGCAACAACGGGGUAGACUACUCAAGGCCGGGAACUUUGCGACUGCAGUACACAGGAGCAGGAGGAAAGGGAGUGGAGAGGAUAGAGCCAACAUGGGGCAUAGCCGGGGGCGGGGCGACGGUGGUGACGGUGUGGGGAGCUUUGAUAGGGGAGGCAGGCAGGGGAGUGGUGUGCAAGUUCGGAGAGAAGGGAAGGCCUACGGAAGGGCAGGGGGUAGGCUCGUCAGGAGUAGUCUGCGAGGCGCCCGGACAGCAGGAGCAGCGGGCCAGCUUGUACUUGUCCACGGACGGGGGUCUGACUUUCGAAGACAGCGGACGAGUGUUUGAGUACAUCCAAGCGGGGACGAUCAUACGGCUAGAGCCUUGCGAGGGGCCGGUAUCAGGAGGCACACGAGUGAGGGUGAUCGGGUCAGGGAUGAUGGGGGGAGAAGGGCUUGGGUGCCGUUUCGGAGGCGUGGGAGGACGAGAGGGGAGGGCGCGUUGGGAGUCGAGCAGCGUUGUCACUUGUGUGACACCAGAUGGCAUUUAUCCUGGAGUCGUCAGUCUUUUUCUUUCGUCUCCGACCUCGGCGUCAGCUUUUUUGUUUCGCCCAAUUUUUGAGUGCACCAUUUUGAGGAUUGGGGUUUACAUGGGAUAUUGUGUAGGAUUGGAGCUAGCAUAA